AAUUGGGUUAAUAUGUAGGUAUGACGGUAUUUUAACGUAGUUAGCUAGCUGGCUAGCUAACAUCAGUUGAUUAGGUUAGCCUCUAGCUAGCAGUUUGAAUAUGUAUGUAUGAAUGAGUCAGCUGUUUCCAGUCCUCAUUCGGAUAGGCGUUUCAAACGAUUAAAAAUCCUUUACGCUUAAUAUAUCACAAACAGGACAGUUUAAGCAGCCAAUUAGCUUUCUAUUUGUAAUGUACAAAUGCCAAAUACAUUGCAUAGACUUACAAUUCCAGCUAACUAAGCACUAACGAGAUUAAACGCUGUUAUUUAACUAGCAAGCUUUACUUGGUUUAUACACGGAUGCGUCAUAUAGUGUUUGUUAAUCAGUUGCAUUCUUAACGCCUGCAAUAUAAUCUACACACUGAUCAGCCAUAACAUUAAAACCACAGGUGAAGUAGUUAAAGGAUUGGUUAAUGGAAUUGUACCAGAGAAAUACAAAGUGUUUGUGAGUAAGAACAAGUCUGCAGUCAAAAUGCUUCACAUGAAAGUUAAAAUGGAGAAGCCAGAUACGGACGGUACUGUUGCCCGAAAUCGCCUGGAUGCAGUGCUGCAAGGUCUGGUGGAGAAAAGUGACAGUGAGAGAGAUCAGAAUGAGGACGAUUCAGGAAAAAUGGUUGCAGACUCCAUGGGCAAGGACUUAUCCCCAUCCUCUCUUGGAAAAAGGCCAUCUUCACGCUUUGCACAACACCGGAGAAAGAAGCGCAAAGAGAUGGAGGAUGGCUUGUCUGAGACUAACCAACACAAACAAAACUCGUACAUUAUCAAGUUGUUUGAUCGCAGUGUGGACUUGGCACAGUUCAAUAGCAACACUCCACUCUACCCCAUCUGCAGAUCGUGGAUGAGGAACAACCCCACUGUACGAGAGAGACCAAUGUCUACUCCACCUCACAGUAUGGCAGAGGAGGAGGUGUCGGACAUGCUAAAUGGCAAAGUUCAAAAUGUUUACCGCCUUCCAACCCCUGGAUCUUGUCCUGUUAAUGAGUCUGGUGAUCCAGUCAACUUAAGGAUUCCAACCACAGAGAAACCCACCAUUAGCCAGUCCACAGAUGCUGCAUCAGGAGCCCCUACUCUUAUGUUUAAUCACAUGAAACGCUGGAAGAAAAUUAGACAGAAGUGGAAAGAGUCUUCUAAUAAGAACCAACUGCGCUACACUGAAAGCAUUAAAAUCCUGAAAGAGAUGUAUGAGCGCUAGCUCAUCCUUUUUCCCUGCGUCAGGAGACAGUUAUGGACUACCAUAUGCAACUUCAUUGAAGCAGAGCAGUGGGCUUAAGAAGCGAAAAUGGACUUUAAAAUCGUGCAGUUUUCUGCACGUUAUUUUAAUUUGUGAAUAAUCAAAUAUUUAAGUUAGUAAUGUUAGAAGGGCCUGCACUUAAGUAGCAAAAGCACAGGCAUGUAUUUUGAGUUUUUUUUCUUCUUUGAUGGAGGUUAGUUGAGUCAGAUGAAUGCAUGUUCUACAAUUUGAUAAUAACAAAAGAUAAUUUGUGAACAAAAUAAAUGUUCACUUUUUCCACA